AUGCGGGAAAUUCGAGGCAUCCGCGAGCUGGCGGACGCCUACGACGUGUACGUGUUGGACUUGUGGGGCGUGUUGCACGACGGAACGCGUGCCUACGACGGGGUCCACGACGCGGUGCGCCAGCUCCGGGCCCGUGGGAAAACUCUGGUACUCUUGUCCAACAGCAGUAAGCGGGUCGGUCACGUCCAAAAGCUCCUGAUCCGGUUGGGAUUCGACCCGCACGAUUUUGCGGCGAUCGUCACCUCGGGUGACGCGGCGUACCAACUGUUGUGCGGUGCCGAUGGAGAGGGAUUCGCAAAGACCUUGGCGUGGCCGUCCUUGUUGGAUGCGACGAACGUCGACCAGCGUAAAGUUUUCGUCCUGGGUAGUGGUGACGAAGAUGUAGAAUACUGCGAAAGUUGUGGUUGGGCCGUGACCGCCCUCGAAGAAGCCAACUUGAUUGUGGCCCGGGGUACCUUUACCAUCCACAAUGGUGGUGGAGGAGUCGACGGCACUGGUGAGGUUGUGCACAAACGGGACGAUACUCAACGAUACGAAAAGCGACUGGCGGAGGUACUGGAACAAGCCGCGGCACGGCGUCUGCCCAUGUUGGUGACCAAUCCGGACAAGGUACGACCCGAUGCCGAGCGACCACCAAUGCCUGGAGCGAUUGGGGAUGCCUACGAACGAAUUUUGGCUCUGACCGCCGCUGUGCCUACAGUCAAGGACGAGACUGUAGAGCACCAGCGAUUGGUCAAACGCGUUGGCAAACCGUUUCCGGAUGUGUACGAUCUGGCGCUGAGGGAGUUCACAACCACCAAGGGAAUCGCGAAAGACCGUAUUUGUAUGAUUGGCGAUGCCUUGGAAACUGAUGUUACGGGCGGUGUCCGGUACGGUAUUGACACAGUGUGGGUACUAAAGGACGGUAUCCACGCCCCGGAAUUGGAGGAGUACGAUACUUUGGAACAGGGAGCAUCUGCUGUUUUGGUAGCAUUCAACGACAAAUCCAAUACAGGCACUUAUGCGCAAGGAUUGAAGUUGCAACCAACCUGUUUCGUGGCACAUUUUCGGUGGUAA